CUGGGGGGGUUGGGAUCUCCGGCUUCAGGUCCGGCUAGGCUAGAAGCGAGAGCGCAGGCAGAGGGUGCGUGGUCGCAGGCCCGACUCCCGCAGUCCCCACGGAGCCCCGACCCUGCAGGCCGCCCCACCUCACCUCGUCGCCAUGCGCCUCCGCCGCACAGCACUGUUCCCUGGCGUGACGCUGCUUCUCGCCGUGGCCCGCCUAGUUGCUGCCUCCGACGUGCUGGAACUCACGGACGACAACUUCGAGAGUCGCAUCUCCGACACGGGCUCUGCGGGCCUCAUGCUCGUCGAGUUCUUUGCCCCUUGGUGUGGACACUGCAAGAGGCUGGCCCCUGAAUAUGAAGCUGCAGCCACCAGGUUAAAAGGAAUAGUCCCAUUAGCAAAGGUUGAUUGUACUGCCAACACAAACACCUGUAAUAAGUAUGGAGUCAGUGGAUAUCCAACCCUGAAGAUUUUCAGAGAUGGUGAAGAAGCAGGUGCUUAUGAUGGGCCCAGGACUGCUGAUGGAAUUGUCAGUCACCUGAAGAAGCAGGCAGGACCAGCUUCAGUUCCUCUUAAGACGGAGGAAGAAUUUGAGAAGUUCAUGGGUGAAAAAGAUGCCUCUGUGGUGGGUUUUUUCAAGGAUCUAUUCAGUGAAGCUCACUCUGAAUUUCUAAAAGCAGCCAGCAACUUGAGGGAUAACUACCGAUUUGCACACACCAAUGUUGAGUCUUUGGUGAACAAGUAUGAUGAUAAUGGAGAGGGUAUCACCUUGUUUCGUCCCUCACAUCUGAUGAACAAGUUUGAGGACAGAACUGUGGCAUAUACAGAAGAGAAAAUGACCAGUGGCAAGAUUAAAAAAUUUAUCCAGGAAAACAUUUUUGGUAUCUGCCCUCACAUGACAGAAGAUAAUAAAGACUUGAUACAGGGCAAGGACUUACUUGUAGCUUACUAUGAUGUGGACUAUGAAAAGAAUGCUAAAGGUUCUAACUACUGGAGAAACAGGGUGAUGAUGGUUGCAAAGAAAUUCCUGGAUGCUGGACACAAACUCAACUUUGCUGUAGCUAGCCGCAAAACCUUUAGCCAUGAACUUUCUGAUUUUGGUUUGGAAAGCACUGCCGGAGAGAUUCCUGUUGUUGCUAUCAGAACUGCAAAAGGAGAGAAGUUUGUCAUGCAGGAGGAGUUCUCGCGUGAUGGCAAGGCUCUUGAGAGAUUCCUGCAGGAUUACUUUGAUGGCAGCCUGAAGCGAUACCUAAAGUCUGAGCCAAUCCCAGAGAGCAAUGAUGGGCCCGUGAAGGUAGUAGUAGCAGAGAAUUUUGAUGAAAUAGUGAAUGAUGUAAACAAAGAUGUGCUGAUUGAAUUUUAUGCUCCUUGGUGUGGCCACUGUAAGAAUCUGGAACCUAAGUAUAAAGAACUGGGAGAGAAGCUUAGAAAAGACCCAAACAUUGUCAUAGCCAAGAUGGAUGCCACAGCCAAUGAUGUGCCUUCUCCAUAUGAAGUCAGAGGUUUUCCUACCAUCUACUUCUCUCCAGCCAACAAAAAGCUAGAUCCAAAGAAAUAUGAAGGUGGCCGUGAAUUAAGUGAUUUUAUUAGCUAUCUACAGCGAGAGGCUACAAAUCCCCCUAUAAUUCAAGAAGAAAAACCCAAGAAGAAGAAGAAGGCACAGGAGGAUCUCUAAAGCAGCAGCCAUACAUGCCACUUUGUAAAAGACUCUUCCACCAGAGCUGGGAAAACCAUUGGGGAGGACUGGGACCCAUGUGGGAUUAUUACCUCUCAGGGCUGAGAGGGUAGAUGGAUAUAAUCUGAAUCCUGUUAAAUUUUCUCUAAACUGUUUCUUAGCUGCACUGUUUAUGGAACUACCAGGACCAGUUUAUGUUUAUGGUUUGGGGAAAAAAUGUGUUGUGGGGUUGGGAAUUGUGUUGGGGGGUUAUUUUCUAAUUUUUUUUUGUACAUUUGGAACAGUGACAAUAAAUGAGCCCCCUUUAAACUUUUUUUUCCAUGA